AUGCGAGGGAAGUGCACCGCGACGGAGCGCCACCCCGCCCUCAGCCUGCAGGGGAAUGUACACCCACAAAAUAUAUGGACGAGACACCACCAAACACACAUGCCCUUCCAUGCACCAAUAAAUAGGAGCGAAGGUGCGUUCCGGUGCGUGGGAGUCCACUCACAUAUUUUCAUUUCCACCGCAAUAAACGGUGAGGAAUCAGGUGCCACAGCAACGAAAGGAGAAACAAACAUCUAUUGCAGCACUUUACCAGCGAAAAGCAGGAACAACACAAAACAAAUUCUUGGCUGCACCAACACAAAAAACAUUCAAAAGAGGAAAAAAAAAAUAAUUGUGUACCCUGCGGGAAUCCUCAACACACGACUCAGGCAUGAUGUUUUACCCUCCGAAAAAACAAAACGCAUACAAACAUCUGCCAACAUCCAAAAAGAAACACAAAUAAAUGAUUGCUUGAUUUAUUCCAUUAGUUGCGCUUCUUUUUCUUGUUGCGUGUGCGGCUGCUGCUGCGGUGGUGGCUGCGCUUGCAUGAAGUGGUGUGCGCUGAAUAUGAACGAAGGCUAA